UUGUCUUCAAGCUUUUGUACAUACAUUCUUUUACAAAAAGCACAUGUACAUUUUUCUCCUACGUUUUACAUAGUGGCCAAAAAGAAGAAAGUAAAGAAGGUGAAAAACACUACCUAACGUCUAGAAGACCAUUAAUUGCCUACAUAUUAAUACAUAUAUAUAAUCUCAACCUCUCAUUUACUAAUUAUCACAAUAACAAAUGGAUUACAACAACUACAACAGGUUUGCUGCCGCAGCAACAGCAGUACUAGUAGUUGUUAUAUUGGCGGGACACUCGAUCAGCGCCGAUGAUGAUGCUCCGAUCUGCGGCGCAACUCCGGCGAAAGAUCAGGCGACGUUCGGAGGUUAUGUGGAUGCUCUUCUUCACAUUCUGGUGGAGCGCACCACAGGCUAUACACCGCCGGCCGGCGUACCGUUCCUCGCCAGCAGCGCGAGAUAUCCACCGGAAGGCGGUCCUGGUUCCGUUACAGGCGACGCCACUUGUGACUCCGUCAACGUUGCCAAUUGCGUGACGUGUCUUAACCAGCUGCUGCCGUUUUUGCACAAGUGUGAAACCACGUCUUCCUCCGGAGGAGCCAAAUAUCCAGGGAAGUGCAUAAUUCAGUUCUGGGAAAAUACCGAGUGACCAAAUAAUAUGUUACCAGCUGCUGGUGUGUGUAUUUUUCUCUUUUUUUUUUUUUCUGAAUUGUUGUACUUUCCAUUCCGUUUGCCAGGAAUUUUUUUGGUCACUAUUUUCGAGCCAUUCGCCUUUAUCUCAGUUAAGUGUUACAAAUUUUCGUGCCCUCCGCUUUAUAAUGAGAUAUUUAGCCAAUAUAUGUUAUGGUAAGUC